CAGCCGGGGGCAGGCUUGGGGAGCGUCCGGCUGCUUUCGGCCGGUACCGCGCGGGGGCGCGGGGCGCGCCCCAGGCAAGAGCCAUGCUCGGCAGGUCUGGGUACCGGGCGCUGCCGUUGGGGGACUUUGACCGUUUCCAGCAGUCGAGCUUCGGCUUCCUGGGCUCGCAGAAGGGCUGCUUGUCCCCGGAGCGGGGCGGCGUGGGGCCGGGGGCCGAUGCACCUCAGAGCUGGCCUUCCUACCUCUGCCACGGCCUCAUCAGUUUCCUGGGGUUCUUGCUGCUGAUGAUCACCUUUCCUGUUUCUGGCUGGUUUGCUUUGAAGAUCGUGCCCACCUAUGAGCGAAUGAUCGUGUUUCGACUGGGCCGGAUCCGCACCCCUCAGGGUCCUGGCAUGGUUCUGCUCCUGCCCUUCAUUGACUCCUUUCAGCGGGUGGAUUUGAGGACACGAGCUUUCAACAUCCCUCCUUGCAAGCUGGCCUCUAAGGAUGGGGCUGUGCUGUCUGUGGGCGCCGAUGUCCAGUUCCGCAUCUGGGACCCCGUACUAUCUGUGAUGACUGUGAAGGACCUGAACACAGCCACACGCAUGACGGCCCAGAAUGCCAUGACCAAGGCCCUGCUCAAGAGGCCUCUGCGGGAGAUCCAGAUGGAGAAGCUCAAGAUCAGCGACCAGCUCCUGAUGGAAAUCAAUGAUGUGACCAGGGCCUGGGGGCUGGAGGUGGACCGAGUGGAACUAGCAGUGGAGGCCGUGCUCCAGCCCCCCCAGGACAGCCCAGUGGGGCCCAGCUUGGACAGUACCCUCCAGCAGCUGGCCCUCCACUUCCUGGGAGGAGGCCUGUCCUCAGGGCCAGGAGGGGCCCCACCCCCAGGGCCAGCGGACACUGUGGAGAUGGUGAGCGAAGUGGAGCUGCCUGCCCCUCCCGGCAGUGCUGGGCCCAGCCCUAAGCAGCCUCUGGCCGAGGGGCUGCUGACUGCCCUGCAGCCCUUCCUGUCGGAGGCCCUGGUCGGCCAGGUCGGGGCCUGCUACCAGUUCAAUGUCCUCCUGCCCAGCGGUACCCAGAGCAUCUACUUCCUCGACCUUACUACAGGGCACGGGAGAGUAGGACACGGGGUGCCUGACGGCGUCCCUGACGUGGUGGUGGAGAUGGCUGAGGCGGACCUGCGGGCCCUUCUGUGCAGGGAGCUGCGGCCCCUGGGGGCCUACAUGAGUGGGCGGCUAAAGGUGAAAGGUGACCUGGCCGUGGCCAUGAAGCUGGAGGCUGUCCUCAGGGCCCUAAAGUAGCAGCCUUGGUUGACUGUCCAUAGCCCAGCCCUGAAUCUGGCAUCAAGCCAGGCAGGCAUCUUGGAGGAGGCAGCACCAGUGCUGCACCUUGGAUUGUUGAAGCCCGGAGAAGUUUCAUCCCCAGCCAGGAGCCAAUGAAUGGAGGCUGGCACACAACAGGCUGGGAGAGACUGAGUCAGGCCGCCCUGCCUUUCUCCCCUCCAGUUGUUCUCUGGACAAGCCUUUGCCCAUCCUGGUCUCCUGCUGGGUGCCCAGCCCUGAGCUGAGUACACAGUGUGAUGACAGGUGACUGGAGACGCAGGGCCCGUGGAAGCAGUCUGACCGCAGCUGGGUGGGUGCCAGUGUGAGGGAGCAGGGCGUGUGGCUCGGGUCCCAGCUCCAGAGCAGGGAUCAGAGAGGUGGAGUCGGGGAGAAGGCAGGCCACUGCAGGGCAGGGAUUUGGGGCCUGGGCUGGGCCCGCCUCCCUGGUUGCAGUGUGGGCCCAGGCUAGCGGGUGGUGGGGAUGGGAAAGCGUGGGGCCUGCUCUGCCGCCGGCCCUGCCCCUGAAGACGCCUUGAGUCCUGACUAAUUGGCCAGCUCCGUCUUGCAUGCCUGGCGGGCUGGGGCCCAGGGCAGCAUGUCGGAGAGCCCUGCUGUUCUGUGCUUUUUACCAGAGAUUUGCAAACUACCAAUAAAUGUGCUGUUUACACUUC